GAGUAGAGUCCGUUUAAGUGAGCGGUCGUGGUUUCGCUUAGCACACGACUUAUCACAUAUUUUUUGUGAAGAAAAAAAUAUUAAAAAAAUAAAAAAAAAAUUAAAAAUAUAAAAAGUAACCAAAAAAAAAAUUGUAAAAAGUAGCAAAAAAUUCGAGCAAGUGUUGAAAACGAGGACAUAAUCACCAAACAUGGCUUCUUUAUACGUGGGUGAUUUACACCAGGACAUCAAUGAAGCGGGACUCUUUGAAAAAUUCUCCACUGCUGGCCCAGUUCUCUCCAUUCGUGUCUGCCGCGACGUUGUCACCCGUCGCUCAUUGGGCUAUGCCUACGUCAAUUUCCAGCAGCCAGCCGAUGCUGAGCGUGCUCUGGAUACAAUGAAUUUUGAUUUGGUUCGCAACAAGCCCAUACGCAUUAUGUGGUCGCAACGCGAUCCAUCGCUGCGCCGCUCCGGCGUUGGCAACGUGUUUAUCAAGAACCUUGACAAGGCCAUUGAUAAUAAGGCCAUUUAUGACACUUUCUCCGCGUUUGGUAACAUCCUCAGCUGCAAAGUCGCCACCGAUGAGAAGGGCCACUCCAAGGGCUACGGCUUCGUACAUUUUGAAACAGAGGAGGCCGCCAAUACAUCCAUUGACAAAGUCAACGGCAUGUUGCUCAACGGCAAGAAGGUAUACGUCGGCAAAUUCAUUCCACGCAAGGAGCGCGAGAAGGAGCUGGGCGAGAAGGCCAAACUCUUCACAAAUGUUUACAUCAAGAACUUUACCGAUGAGUUCGACGAUGAGAAACUGAAGGAAAACUUUGAGCCAUAUGGCAAGAUUACCAGCUACAAGGUCAUGUCCAAGGACGAUGGAAAGAGCAAGGGCUUCGGUUUCGUCGCCUAUGAGACAACAGAGGCUGCCGAGGCCGCCGUCCAGGCGCUCAAUGGCAAGGAUAUGGGCGAGGGCAAAACGCUGUAUGUGGCACGUGCCCAAAAGAAGGCAGAGCGCCAGCAGGAGCUGAAACGUAAAUUCGAGGAGCUCAAGAAGAAGCGCCACGAGUCUGUAUUUGGUGUCAAUUUGUAUGUCAAGAAUCUGGACGAUUCCAUUGACGAUGAGCGCCUGCGUAAGGAGUUCUCGCUGUAUGGAACGAUCACAUCGGCCAAAGUCAUGACCGAUGAGGAGGGACGCUCCAAGGGCUUCGGUUUCGUUUGCUUCAUCUCACCGAAUGAGGCCACCUGCGCCGUGACUGAACUGAACGGUCGCGUUGUCGGCAGCAAGCCCCUCUAUGUAGCACUUGCCCAGCGCAAGGAGGAGCGCAAGGCGCAUCUGGCAUCGCAGUAUAUGCGUCACAUGACCGGUAUGCGUAUGCAGCAAUUGGGACAAUUAUUCCAGCCGAAUGCCGCCAGCGGUUUCUUCGUGCCUACAAUGGCGCCCAGCCAGCGCUUCUUUGGCCCCCAGAUGACGCCCCAGAUGCGUAACACGCCCCGUUGGGCGCAACAGAUUCGCCCCGCCACAGCGGUGCAAAGUGUACAGGCCGGUGCCGCAUCUGCGGGUGCCUCCGCUGCCGCCGGUGGCUUCCAGGGUGCAGCAGGUGCUGUGCCCACACAGUUCCGUCAGUCGGGAACAGGUGCGCGCGGCGCACAGCCCCAACAGGUGCAGGGCACACAUGCCGCCGCUGCUGCUGCAGCUGCAGCCAGCAAUAUGCGCAGCUCGGGGGCACGCGCCAUCACUGGCCAGCAAUCGGUGGCCGCUCCCAACAUGCAGAUCGCUGGCGCUCAAAUUGCCGGCGGGGCCCCGCAGCGUACCACAACCUACAAAUAUACCGCCAACAUGCGUAAUCCGCCAGUGCAGCAGAUGCAGCAGGCGCAGCCAAUGCCGCAACAGUUGCAGGGCAAGAACCAAGAGAAGCUUAUUGCCUCGUUGUUGGCUAAUGCCAAGCCACAGGAGCAGAAACAGAUCCUAGGCGAGCGUCUGUAUCCGAUGAUUGAGCGCAUGCAUGCCGCUCUCGCUGGUAAAAUCACUGGCAUGUUGCUGGAGAUUGAGAACUCAGAGUUGUUGCACAUGCUGGAGGAUCAAGAGGCACUCAAGGCCAAAGUGGAGGAGGCAGUUGCUGUCCUGCAGGUGCAUCGCGUCAGCGAGCCCGCCAACUAAGCUCGAACCACAAAGCGGAUUAAAAAUUUUUACAAAUCACUCGACACCCAAAAAUUUUUUUUUCCCUCAUUCACUUUUCAAUUUAUACAGAAAAUCAACACAAGAACAGAAUUCGCAUAUUUAUGCUCAAGCAAAGAAAAAACGCAGCGAAUGACACACAAUAACAACAAGAACUGGAUGGAUGAACAACAAACUUGAAGGCUAAAAGAAGAAUAGGGAAAAACUCCAAAAUAGCCGACUAUUUAUUCUUUUCCGAUAGGGCAACAAACAUACACAAUAUAAACAAUUUCAAUCAUUAAUUUUCGAUCGCAUUUACGCAAGUAUUCAACGCAGAGGCAAUUAACUAUCUGCCGCUAAUUACAACAAUGGAAAACAAAGGAAAACAUUUUUUUUUACAUAUACAGAUAUUUAUUAUUUCCAUUCUUUCGAUUCUUGAUUCUAAACUAAAAUGAAAACAAGAAAAAAAAACACAAACAGCGGAAAAUAUGUGAAUCCGAAAACAUUUUAUAUUCAUAUUUAUAUACAUGUAUAAAGAGAUAUAUAUGUAUAUAUAUAUAUAUAUAUAUGUUUCUUUCUUGAACUGAAAUGUUUAUUUUGUAUGCGUACGCAAAAUGCAGAAUAAAUAAUUGUGAAUGCAAAAAGAGAGAGCAGAUACAGGAAAAUAAUUGAAAUUGUUAAGCCAGUCGGCAAGUUUCUUGUUACAUCAACACAGACACACACACACAAAAACUUUUAAAGAAUUUUCGUACACUCAAUAUUAUAUUUCACAUCUUUCAAAAACAACAUCAACAAACAACACACAUGAAAGUCAAAUGUAAUAUUUGUUCUGUCAUUUCAAAUGAAAAAACGCAAACUUUUAAAAAAGAUGAAAAAAAAUAAAACAAAAAAAUUGCAAAAAUGUUAAAAUAAAUAAAAACGAAAAAAUGAAAA